GAUAUCUGUUUUGCCUGAAUGGACAGUGAUAGAUGACCCCUGGAGUGGCAGGUUCAAAUCGAGUGCACUCGUAGCUACAGGUCCGAGGAUUAGGACCAGGUUUACCCUUUCAGUUUGGCGACGAGGAUGGGAUCGGCUCAGGAACUCUGGUUGGACACCUGUAAAACCAUGACGGCAGUCUGCGCACAAGAGUAUGGAGGAAGUUUUCGUCCUGUGGCCUAUUUUUCCAAAGUAAUGCCUGUUCCGGUACAGGGGAUGCCGGCGUGUCUCAGAGCCUUAGCAGCUAGUGCUAUGGCUGUGGAAGUGUCACAAUCUGUAACAAUAGGUCACCCCACUGUAUAUCGUGCGGCAUAUGCCGUUGUCCAAUUGCCAAAUAUUGUACUGGAGGAAGAACCCAUUUCAGUUAACUCCGCACAAGCUGCCGAACUCAUUGCAUUAACCAGAGCAUGUGUUUUGUUUUCAGGAAAACCUGUUCAUAUCUUCACAGACAGUAGGUACGCUUUUGGGGUAGUACAUGAUUUUGGCAAAAUUUGGCAACAGAGAGGGUAUCAAACCACGGAGGGUAAGCCUAUUGCACAUACACAUCUUAUUGAGAAAUUACUCAAGGCCAUACAAUUACCAUCUGACUUUGCCAUCAUACAUUGUCGGGCACACACACACAAGACAGAUGACAUUUCAUUGCGAAAUGCUUUAGCAGACCAAGUGGCCAAACAGACUGCCACUCUUUUCACCUCUGUGCCUACUUUUCUUUUAAUACCUCCACAGUGUCCUCAGGACCAAAUAUUACAGCAUUUACAAACAUUUGCCACACAGGAGGACCUUGCUUUUUGGUCUAAACAAGGGCUCACCUUAGACCAAGCUGGCUUAUAUUCAUUUCAAGGCAAAGUAGGUAUUCCAGAAGCUAGCCUACCCUUACUCAUUUCUCAAGCACAUGGCAUUGGACACAAGAGUAUUAAAAAUACUCUCACAUGGCUCCAACAAAACUUUAUAGCCAACAACUUACGCCGACACUGUGAGAAUUUUGUCAAAACUUGCAUCACCUGUAUUAGGGGAAAUUCUGGGGGUACUGUAACAAAACACCAACACCUACCACCUCCAGUAGCCCCUUUCUCACAUUGGCAGGUCGAUUUCACACACAUACCUAAAACUGGGACUAUUCAAGAAUAUUUGCUUGUUUUUACAGACCAUUUUUCCCACUGGGUUGAGGUUUUUCCUACUAAACGAGAGGAUGCUCGUACAGUUGCAAGAAUUUUAGCCUCCGAGAUUGUUCCUCGAUACGGUUGUCCACAGCAGAUUAAUUCAGAUAAUGGCCCAGCAUUUGUCAGUAAAGUACUCCAAGAGCUUAUAAAAUGGUUACAAGUUACUUGGAAAUUUCAUGUCCCAUACCAUCCUCAGAGUUUGGGCAUUGUAGAAAGGAUGAAUAGGACAAUUAAGGAUAAACUUCGUAAAGCUACUCAUGCAACAUGGAAACAUUGGAAGUCAUUUCUUCCUGCCAUACUUGCAUACUUGACCCCUAAUACCACUACUAAAUUAUCACCGUUUGCAAUAGUUAUGGGUCGACCGUUUCCCACACCAUGGGUGAAAGGACCGUUAGUUAUUAUGCCAGGAGAUUUAAAUUUAAUUCAAGAAGAAUAUGUAAGAAAUCUUAUCACCUGUUUGAAUGGCAUCUAUGGUGAUGUAUCUUUGUCUUUUCCUUUACCUCCACAGGAACCAACCCAUCCUUUCAGGCCAGGCGAUCUUGUUGUGAUCCGACACAUAAGUCGUUCUCGAAAAGGGGAUUUCCAUUUGGUCCACCUACCACUGUCAUCGCUAUUACACGGACGGCUGUCCUUACUUCCGAUAGGGACAACUGGAUGCACGUAUCACGAAUGAAGUUGGCACCAACCCUUUCCUCUCUGACGACCACAGAUGACAACACCAAAGGUUCCCCAAAUCAAGCACCGCUCGAAGAUGACAAGAACAUACUCCCUGAUGAGUCGUCAACUGAGGAUCAUGGACAAUCCAACGACAAGGAGAGCAGUCUAUUGUUUAUGACUUACCUUUUGCUCUUUAUCCCCAUGUGGGUGUUGUUUAAUUGCAUCUAUUCACCAUCUUUGGUUGGACCAUUACAAUCAAUAUGCUAUCGAUUCCCACCCCACCAGAAUACUUCUGAUCCCAACAUGCCCAACUUAGACUUUUGCAUGCUCGUUUGUAAUAAUCACUUAUGUGAUUAACAGGGGGAUUGAAGGAAGCAUUAGUGCAUAUAGGCACUUAUAGCAUUAUAAUCAUGAUGUGAGCACAUUAAUCCAGGGCCUCAAUAUCUACUAUCAUAUAGGCAUGUUAUGGGUUAAAUCACAUAAUGUUGAUCUGUAUUUUGUUUUUGACAUUCUCCUCUUGAUGCCCUGCUAGUUUUGGAACAGGGAUGUUCGUCAUCCAUGUACCUGCCAAGAUAUGUUUUCAAGAUAUGUUACCGAUAAGACUAACAAUAGUCUUUAUUUUUGCCAAAGUGUUUUUUACCAAAGUAUUCUGUGUGCAGAUGUAUCCUGUUUGAAGUGACGUAAUUUUCCCUAUAAGAGUUUGUACCCUUGCCCAUAAUAAAGGAGUUUGCUUACA